AUGUCCUCGUCGGGCGCACUUACACGUCUUCUAUGCUUUUUUGUAUGUUUACUCCAUUCAACGACUGCGAACAGCCCAAAGCUGAUUGAUGGUGAGUUUUUUCUUCAUUCCGAAUGCAAUUUAACACUAGCAUAUUUGAAUUGGAGAAAUGAAAGCUACGAAAAGGUGUCAUACCACAAGUAG